AUGCGUGGAUCAUCAUGGCGUGGCACCGCGACACUCAAGUGUCGAGGACCUGGUCCAGCAAUCUACGACCAUGCACGCACCGCUCUGAAGGAUCGACUCACGGGUUGCCAGAUCACCGGUGGCUAUUAUGUCACAUACGUGGAAUACCGCGGUGCGAAGACCAUCACCAUUCACGACGUGAGUUCCUCCCACCUUUGGCCUCCGCCUGCGGUUCUCGCCAGACCACCACCCCUCCGAGGGCCAACUGCCAACUGGAAUCUCACGCUGAAACGGCUCCAGGUCAUUCACUCCCUUCGUCGCCUCGGGGCACCAAUCUACGAUUUCGAUCCCGAGACCUACCAUGCUACCAAGAAGUCCCAAGAAGGCUCAAUUGACCGUUCCUGGCCCACCGCGUUUUUCAGCACGCCGAAAUAG